CGCUGCCUGCCCGCCCCCCCCCGGCUGCUCGGCCCCCGCCGUCGCCCCGCCCGGCGGGCGGAUGGCCGGAGCCAGGGGCCGGGGCUGCUGCUUGCGGCGGCCGCUGCGGCGGCCGGGGGCGGCGGAGCGGGGCGUCGCCAUGGCAGCUCCAGCAGAGUGAACCUCCUGCCCUGAAUCUCCAAGGGAACCUUUGUAAAGGAUCUUCCCCUCCCCACCAUCUCCUUAUUGUUUGCUAGCUCUGCCCUGCGCUGUGCAGGGAAGCUUGAAAGAGCAGGCUGAGCCCUGGAGGACAGCAAAAAGGACAAUGCAGUGAGGGUGCUGCGGGGUCUGGGCUAGGAAACUCCCUGAAUCUUCUUCCUCACCCUUCACUCUCCGUUGAUGGCUCUCUGACACCCUUGCCAGCACCUCCUACCUGGCCACGAGUGUGGCAUUUGGUCAGACGGAGGUUACGCACUGUGUAUACACCACCCUCACCUUUUCCGUGGGACCUUCGUCUUCUCUGAAACUCUUUGCUAGUUCCUCGUUCACUAGGACGCUGGGCAACAGGCACCCAGUGCUAUCAAACUGCCCGAAGUGCCAGCAUUCAGGUUGUGUGUGGCCUUCACCAGUCCCAGGAGAAGGUGGUCCCUGAGGCAGAAGGUGUCCGGGCAGCACAUGAAGUAAGGGGAGCUUUUUCUUUGGGGGAAGAGUAGAGAAAGGGAAUGAAAUAGAUGGAGAGGAAAAGCAAAAGUGAGCAUGAGAGACUGAGGGAAGAAGCACCGACAAGUGUUCAUGAGAAGGAACGAAGGUGGCAGACAGAAAGAGAACGGAAAAAACAGGUGAAAGAGUUAGAGCGAGCGGAAGAAAUAUAAGCAAGCAACAGGGAAGGGGGGCACUGAAAGUGAGACAGAGCUGAAGGCUGUUACGCCUCGCAGCUGGUGACAAUGCCUUGAGGAACCCCCCAGCGUGCGUGCAGCGCAGAUGAGGAGGGACGUGGUUCCCCCCGCGCGGAGUCCCUUUUGCCCUCUUACAGUAACCCCACGGCAGGGACAGGGCGCAGCCUAGCAGGGGCGGCAGCAUGGGGGACUCUGAAUCAGAGUCCACCUUGCACAACAACUCACUGUGGUGGCUGGCAUGUGGGAUGCUCGCCUUGUUGGCCAACUCUUGGAUUAUCCUCAGCAUCACAGCCAAACAGCAGAAACACAAGCCCCUGGAGCUGCUGCUCUGCUUCCUUGCUGGGACUCACAUCCUUAUGGCAGCGGUGCCCCUCACCACCUACGCCGUGGUGCAGCUGCGGCGCGAGUCCUCCGACUAUGACUGGAACGAGAGCAUCUGCAAGGUCUUUGUCUCCACCUACUACACCCUGGCCCUGGCCACCUGCUUCACGGUGGCCUCCCUCUCCUACCACCGCAUGUGGAUGGUGAGGUGGCCAGUCAACUACCGGCUGAGCAAUGCCAAGAAGCAGGCUCUGCACGCCGUCAUGGGCAUCUGGAUGGUGUCCUUCAUCCUCUCCACCCUGCCCUCCAUCGGCUGGCACAACAACGGCGAGCGGUACUAUGCCCGCGGCUGCCAGUUCAUUGUCAGCAAGAUCGGGCUGGGCUUUGGCGUCUGCUUUAGCCUCCUGCUGCUCGGAGGAAUCGUCAUGGGCUUGGUGUGCGUGGGGAUCACCUUCUACCAGACCCUGUGGGCGCACAGAAGGCGCCAGCAGUGCCGCCAUCAGCGGGCUGAGGAAGCAUCGUCCUGCUCAUCAGCACACAACACUUUCAACGUGCCAGCCAUUGUGGUGGAGGACGUGCGGGGCAAGAGGAGGUCCUCGCUGGACGGCUCCGAGUCAGCCAAGACCUCCCUGCAGAUGACCAACCUCAUCAGCGCCAUCGUCUUCCUGUACGACACGCUCACCGGGGUGCCCAUCUUGGUUGUGAGCUUUUUUAGCCUGCGCUAUGACACGGCCCCCACCUGGAUGGUCCUCGCCGUGCUCUGGUGCUCCAUGGUGCAGACCCUGCUUCUCCCCUCCUUCAUCUGGUCCUGCGAGCGCUACCGAGCAGAUCUCCGCACCGUGUGGGAGCAGUGCGUGGCUAUCAUGUCUGAGGAGGACGGAGAUGACGAUGGCGUGUGUGACGAUUACGGUGAUGGCAGGAUCUGCAAAGUGAGAUUUGAUGCCAACGGUGCUGCAGCUGUGAAGCGGGACUCUCGGGAUAUCAAACUGCUACCGAUGCACCACAUGUUGUUGCCCCAGGACAAGGUGCAUUACCUGCAGGUCCCUAUCUCCCGGAGAAUGUCGCAUGAUGAGACUAACAUCUUCUCCACCCACCGCUCCACUCCAUCCUUCCUACACAAGUGGUCUUCAUCUGACGACAUCCGCAUUGCCACCCCCCGCAAGCCUGGAGUCCCCAGCUUCUUGCCUCCUCAGCUGCAUGACUACCAGCACCGCCGGCGGCCCCCGGAAGACGAGCUGACAACCCUACGGCAGUUUUUGGAGGGGGGGCUGGUGCCGCGGGUGUCCAGCUCCAGCGCCUGCUUCUUCCGAGAUGAGAUCACCACCUUCAUCGACGAGACGCCGCAGCCCACCCCAGCCUGCAGCCCACGGCACUCCCGUCUGCCGCUGGCAUCGCGCCGCGAGCGCCGCCUCUCCCUCGGCAGCAGGGAGGAGGAGAGCGCCGAGCGGCCGCGGCGCUGCUCGCUGGCCGGCAACGAGGCCUGGCAUCGGCAGGACGGGGAGCAGGCGCCACGGGAAAGGACGCCGGAGGCCUGUGAGGCGCAGACCUUCCAGGAGCCCAAACUAUGAGGGACAGCAUCGGAAACGUGCGGUGCCAUCACGAUUUUUAAACGAAACUCCAGACGUCCAGCUCGUCCCGGGACCCCGAGUACUAAUUCGCAUUCUCAUCUUUCUUGCCAGCAGGCAGGAAACGCGGCACCCCGCGGUGGUGGUGGGGUAAAAGAAGUGUGACAGCCCUGCAGAACGGAGCUCUACGGACACGGACACCGACCUGUGCCUGCUCGCAGGUUACAGAGGCACCCGCCGCCGCCACAGCCACUUGGCACCCUUGCCGGUCCCGUCCCCUUGUGAACUCCACCCUCGCAUUCGCUCUGCCCUGCGAGACGAGGCAGGCACGGAAUGGUAUUAAAAUUCUAUAUUUGGAGUGUC